AUGGAUGGGAAGGAAGAUUCCGAUAACAGAAAAAGCUUAAAGUACAGAGGCGCACAUAACAAUAAAAAUAAUAGCGGUAAAAAUAGAAACAAUUAUAGAAAUAUAUGUAGCGAUAUUUAUAGCAAUAUUUAUAGCAAUAUAUAUAGCAACAGUUAUGGCAACGGUUAUAUUAACAAUUACAGCAAUAACUACGACUGUAGCUAUAUUUAUGAAAGCAACAAUAAUAAGUACAAACGUGAUGAUACAAAUUAUUUGUAUGGAAAAAAAAGCAGCAAAAUAGAAGAGGAAGAAGAUAGUGGGAGUAGAGAACAAAUAGAACAGGGUGCAGAAAAUAUUAUAAUAAGCUCUAGGAGUAUUAUUCUGUUUCAGUUAUUUUUAUUCGUCAUAUAUUUUUUUGUUCUAUUAAUAGGAUCUUUUAAUUUUAGUUUUAAACUUUUCCAAGUACGAGAAAAACAUUUGCAUGAACUACUUAACAACAUAAAGGAUGUAUCAUCAUGUAUAUAUAGUACAGAUUAUUCAGAGGAGAAUGAAGUUAAUAAUAAAUUAUUUUAUGAUAAUACAGACAAGUUAAUUCAUGGUAGUAAUGAUAGUAUAUAUCAUAAUGUAAGGUUCAAAUACUACUUUACAAGGGAUAAACAUUACAAAAAGACAAAAAACAAAAUUAAGAAAAAUAACAGAGGUAUUAAGAUAUUUAUUUGUUUAAAUAAAAAAAAAACUUUUUUUUUAUAUAGCGAUUUUUAUCAUAUUAUUUCAAGAUUUCAGAAAUGUUUUCUUAAAAUUUUAACUUUUUUUUAUAAUGAAAUAAAGAAUGCUUUUUUUUUGAGAGAUCCUAAUUAUGAUGAUGGUGCUGAUGCUGAUGCUGAUGCUGAUGAUGAUGAUGAUGAACAUGAACAUGAUAAUGAUAACAAUUAUGCUGCUACCAAAUUUGUUAUGAAAAAUUAUGUUAAGAAUAAUAAUCAAGCAGUAACUAAAUAUUUAUAUUAUAAUUUUAUACUAACUAAGAAUAAUUUUUAUAAAAAGUAUUAUAUAAGUGUUGAAUAUGUAUUUUAUCUUUACCUUAAUGAUAUUUGUUACUAUCACGACUUUAGAUAUCUUACCAAAGACACAGAUGGAGAAAGUUUUUUUUCUCCAAAUUUUGAUGAUAAAUUUCCCUAUUUAAAAAGAAAGAACGACAGGGAAAUUUUGGACGAAACGAUGUUACAGAACAAAAAGGACAUAACGCUUUUUAUAAAUCAUAUAAAUAAGUACCUAAAUGAUGAGAAGCUUCUUCAUAUGUUGCAUAAUUUGUAUAUGGAUAUAUGCACAGAGAGAGGAAUUGUAAGAAACUAUGCGAAGUGGCAAAACAAAGGUACAGGUGAAAUAGGUGGAAAUGGAAACGUAAGAGGAAAUGUAAGUGGAAAAGGCAUACGUGAAAAUGUUAGCGAAACAAAGACGGAUGAAAUAUUUCUGAGUGAUAUAGGUUACGAGCAGUAUUACGACAUGUAUCACAGAGUGAUGAAUAUAAAAAAUUUUAGUAAGUGUAACACUUUUUUCAGCAAGAUAAGGAAAAAAAUAAAAACAAUAAACGCAUUAAAAGAGUUAAAUAUGUGCUCAAAAAAUUAUAUAAGAAAUUUAAAAAAAAUUCCCUUUUAUUUUUUUCAAGAUGAUUUUCUUGAUACCCCAUGUUAUAUUUAUAAUGAACUGAUAAGUAAUAUAUUAAGAUAUUAUUAUAAGGGUAUAUUUCUUUAUAUAGUAAUAUUUAUUGGUUGUAUUCAUGUAGUAUUUUCCCCAUUUCCUAUUACACUUGUUCACUUUCGUAGAUUUUUUAUUUAUUUCCUAAUAAUUAUAUAUCGUUUAUUUAUUUUAUACUAUAUUCCAUCUAUAAUUGAAUAUAUAAUUUUAAAAUUUAAUUAUUUAAAGAAUGAAGAAUAUAUGCAUAUAUUUGAUUAUUCGGAUCAUGUUAUUUUAUUUUCGACCUUACUAUUUAUUAUUUCCCUUGAAACAAAGGCUAUUGUAUAUACUAUUAAGCAUCAGAAAAUAAGCUCUGAUUACCUUCAUUAUAAAUAUAAUAGAAAAUUUUGUUUAUUUUUAUUACAUUUCAUUUUAUAUUAUUAUUACAUACUUUUAUUGUUUUUUUUAUAUACGAGUUAUUAUACAUCCAAGUAUUUUCAUACUACUAAUGAAAUAUUCGUUGCUUAUUUUUUUUCUACGUUUUCUAUUUUCUUUCUUUUUUAUUUAUUUUUAUAUAAAAAUUACUUCAGUUUUUAUAGCAUAGGAAUAACAUCCUAUAUUAAUAAGAGUCCACAUUCUAUGUCUAACACCCUGCACUCUUCCGCCUUCAUUUACAAUGCAUACAAUUCUUUAAAGGAUAAAUUUGCUUUUGACUGA